AUGAGGAGAAUAAAGAAUGAUGGAGAUAAGAAUCAAAAAGAAGGUGAAACUGAAGUAAAAGAGAAAGAUGGAAAGAACAAUGAAAAUGACAAUGAUGAAGAGAAAAAAGAUGAUGAUGCUGAACAAACAAAUAAUCAUCAAGAGACCAUUCAACAAACUGAAAAUGAAAAUAUGUUGGAUAAAGUUGUUGACAACAUUGUGGACAAUGUCCCUGGAAUUGGAUUUUCAAGUUUAAAUAGUCAAGAAGAUGAAAUCGGGAAUGACCCUGAAAUGAAAACUAUUUUGGAUAAUAUUGAUAUAGGUAAAUUUUGA